CGGUGCUGUCCCUCGAUGGUCGUGGCCGGCAGGGUCCUCCUCUGCUAUUUAAUCACCACACCCAUCGCUCUCCUCACUGCUGGACGUGCUUUCUACUCUCUCCACACACUCCACACUCAGAAACUUAACAACAUGGCCUUGGUAUCUGAAUUCCUGGGACAGCUCACCCUGAACGUUGGGGCUGCUGAGCCGACCUACCCCACUGUGGUCCCUGCUUGUGACUUCGACCCUGACAAGGAUGCUGCCAGAAUUGAGACCGCUAUCAAAACAAAGGGGGUGGACGAGCAGACCAUCACAGACAUCCUCACCCGACGCACAUACAACCAAAGGCGAGAGAUUGCCUUCGCUUAUGAAAAGAGGGCCAAGAAGGAUAUGAUCACUGCCCUGAAGGGGGCGCUGUCUGGUUCUCUGGAGGCAGUGGUCCUGGGUCUGAUGAAGAGCACAACGCAGUAUGACGCCUCUGAGAUCAAAGGAUCCAUUAAGGGCCUGGGAACUGAUGAGGAGACGCUGAUUGAGCUCGUCUGCUCCCGUAGCAGCACAGAGCUGAUGGAGAUCAAGAAAGUCUACAAAGAGCUUUUCAAGAAGGACCUGGAGAAGGACGUGGCUGGAGACACGUCGGGGGAGUUCAAGGCUCUCCUGCUGGCCCUAGUGGAGACCAAGAGGGACGAGCCAAGCAAUGUGGUAGACUACGAGAAGAUCGACGAAGACGCCAGAGCUCUCUAUGAGGCUGGAGUGAAGAGGAAAGGCACUGAUGUGAAGACCUGGAUCUCCAUCAUGUCUGAGAGGAGUGUCCCUCACCUGCAGAAAGUGUUUGACAGGUACAGGAGCUACAGCCCGUAUGACAUGCAGGAGAGCAUCAGAAAGGAGGUGAAGGGAGACCUGGAGAAGUCCUUCCUCACUCUGGUCCAGUGCUUCGAAAACAAACAGCUGUACUUUGCCAACAGACUUAGCGAAGCCAUGAAGGGCAAAUCGGCCAAGGACAAAGUCGUGACCAGGAUCAUGGUCUCCAGGUGCGAAGUUGACCUCAUGAAGAUCCGCACCGAGUUCAAGAGGCAGCACGGCAAGUCUCUGUACCAGACCAUCACUGAACACACUAAGGGUGACUACCAGACGGCCAUGCUGAGUUUGUGUGGAGGAGAUGACUAGAGUGGAGCGGUCCUCCAGUAUCCCAGCAGCCUAUCUUGUGUGGUGGUCUCGAGUCUAUGGUGAGGGCACCACAGAAGAAGACAUAAACGCGGGCCUUGGUAUCCCACCUCCAGCAGUUUUCUGGGGUCAUGUUUCUACCCCCAGUUUCUACCAUCCAUCUCUAAACUCUUCUCUUUAAGUAUACAAAAUACAUGCUUUGAAAUACGCCAAAUCUAGGAGGAUGCACAACCAUAACAUAAUCUACGGCAAACUGGCAAAAUUAGGAUGAUCAAAUCCAUACCGUUCAUCAUUAACAGUUUGGUAGUAUCAAAUAAGGAGACUGGAUGGAAUGAUCCUGCACACAAUUUCCCUGGUGACUGGUGAGAAAUGUCAAUCACUCAACAUGGCAUCGGAAAUACCAAGUUGACGAUUGUUAUCAUUUGUUUUCUCUUUUUUUAAUGUGCUUUUGUUUUGAAAAUAAACUAUGUUAAAUAUUC